AUGACAACAAUAGGACCAAUUGAAAAUGAAAUUAAAGAAUUAUUAACAAAAGAAUUAAAUCCAAUAAAUUUAGAAAUUAUAAAUGAAAGUUAUAUGCAUAAUGUACCAAAAGGAUCUGAAUCACAUUUUAAAGUUAAAAUUGUUUCUGAAAAAUUUGAAACUUUAUCAAUGAUUGAACAACACAGAUUAGUAAAUGAAAUUUUAAAAAAUUUUAUUGGAAAUGGUAAAAUACAUGCAUUAAGUAUAACAUCAAGAACUCCAACUCAAUGGAAAAAAAAUAAUCAAACAAAAAUCAAUGUUGAUGAUGAUAAAUCACCAUCUUGUAAAGGAGGUUUUGGUAAAUAA